AUGAACGCGGAUGCAUUAGAAAGAAAGGUUAAAGCAUACGAAGAUUUGCACGCUAAAUUUGAUAGUAUUCAAUCAAAAAUCGAAAUACUUGUGACGGGUUCGGACUCUGAAACACAACACCUUGAUGAACGGGAUGCCUUUGAAGACGUAUUUUUUCCCCUAAUUGCGCAAGCGGAAACGCUUAUCGCGAAUUUGCGCGGGCCCCGAGAGCUCACCGCGUCUACGAGCACCGUGCCCACGGCAGCUAUGGAACCGCAAGGCGCUCCAAGACUACCGAUCAUCACACUACCGAGUUUUGACGGAAAGUACGAUCAUUGGGUACGUUUCCGCGAUACAUUUUCGACAAUGGUGCACAAUAACAAAUCGCUUACAGACAUACAACGAUUCCAUUAUUUAACUUCGGCGUUAAAGGGUGCGGCCGCGCGCACCAUAGAAACACUGGCUGUUUCUGACACGAAUUACAAACUUGCUUGGGCCAAUUUGAAAAGACGAUUUGAAGAUCCCGAUUCGUUGAUCCAUCAUCAUGUAAAUUCGCUCUUAGAAAUACCGAAUAUCGCGGCACAAACUAGUUCUUCGCUUCGAGAAUUCAUUGACAAGGCCAACAAUCAAUUGGUCGCGUUAGGUGCAUUAGGCGAACCGAUUGAGGCAUGGGACACACUAAUGAUCAUCAUGCUAGCUAAAAAAUUAGAUUCGAAAACCUUCGAGGCAUGGGACAUGCGUGCUACAAACGCGAUACGUAAACAGAAGUUCAAUGACUUCGUCGAGUUUAUUGAACAACAGGCAAAAAGACUCGAACGGGCAGCCACGAACCCACAGACGAUCGCGCAGGUAUCCGAGCAGGCUAAGAAGGGUCGCGCGCAUAGAUUUCAGGGCAGGUCGGAAACGGUAGCCGCUCACGCUUCGAGUACGCGCAAUCAAUGCGCACUAUGCAAAGGUGAGCACCUGCUACAACAAUGCGGGCAGUUAAAGGCACUGCCAGCCCUUGAACGGCAUGAAACAAUUAAACGCCUCCGAUUGUGUUUCAAUUGUCUCCAACAAGGGCAUAGUAUCAAAAAUUGUACGCGUGGAAUGUGUAGGAAAUGUGGGAAAAAACACCAUACUCUUCUUCAUCGAGAAGAGCCGGCCCAAGAGAUAGCAUCCGUAGAUUCAUCAGAUAGCCCCAUACCAUCGUGCGUGUCAAAUUCCGUGAGUACUGCGAUAGAGUAUACGGUCCUAUCGACCGCGAUCGUUUAUGUAGAGGAUAGGAACGGUAAAAGGCAUGAAUGUCGCGCGUUAUUAGACGUAGGAUCGCAAGAACACUUCGUGACAGAAGAGCUAUCUAAUAAAUUAGGAUUUUCGCGUUCUCCUAUAAAGACAGUUGUCGGCGGUCUCGGCAGAGCAUCGAAGACAAUUCAAUAUAAAUCAGACGUAGUAAUUCAUUCGCGGGACAACAAGUUUCGCACGAACCUCUCGUGUCUAGUAAUUAAGGACAUUACUGACGAUAUGCCGAACUUGCCUACCAAUUUCCUAAAAAUCUGCGUGCCACCAAACAUCACGCUCGCCGAUCCGCAGUUCAACAAAAAAUCGCGCAUAGAUUUAUUGAUAGGAGCCGGUCUAUUUUGGAAAUUGCUGUGCAUUGGACAACAAAGAGUAGACUCAAGCGACCUGGUGUGGCAGAAGACUAGAUUAGGCUGGGUUUUGGGCGGUAGUGUAAUCAGUUUGAUUAGCCCUCAUCCUACGAACAGAAGCACCUGCCACUCAGUGAUGACCACAGACUUGAAUAGAACGAUUUCCCAAUUUUGGGAAAUUGAAGAAGUACAACCCUCGUCAAUAGAAACCUCAGGUAGUUCGACCGAUCCCAGCGAGACGCACUUUGAUCUCACGACGACACGAGACGAAACGGGACGAUACAUAGUUAAAAUUCCAUUCAAUAGCAAACUAGGCGAACUCGGACAAUCGCGCACACAAGCCAAAAACCGUUUAUUAGGAAUGGAACGUAGAUUUUCGAAAAACUUAGAGCUUAAUAGACUGUACACUGAAUUCAUGACUGAGUACAAUACACUAGGACACAUGACGCAACUGACAGACCAGAAAGUAAUCUGCACGGAACCAAACUUCUAUCUACCCCAUCAUGCUGUCUUUAAACAAUCUAGCACCACGAAGAUUCGGGUCGUUUUCGACGGAUCGGCAAAGGGUUCAUCAGGCGUAUCAUUAAACGAUGCGCAACUAGUAGGGCCAACCGUACAAAGCGACCUGUUUUCAAUCCUCAUUCGUUUCCGCAAACACCGCUUCGUACUCUCGGCGGAUAUAGAAAAAAUGUAUAGGCAAAUUCUCGUGCACCCGGAGCACCGCAAUUUUCAACGAAUCUUGUGGCGACCGAGUGGCAACGCACCCAUCAAAGUGUAUCAGCUAAAUACCGUAACAUAUGGUACUGCAUCAGCCUCAUUUUUAGCCACCCGCGUACUAAAGCAGAUCGGUCUCGAUCAUGCCCACGCGUUCCCAGCAGCAAGUCGCGCGAUAGUCAACGAUUUCUACGUCGACGAUCUGCUAACCGGCUGCGAAACUAUUUCAAACGCCAUAAAAAUACGGAAGGACUUAACCGAAAUCCUCGCGCGGGCAGGAUUCUCGUUACGAAAAUGGGCAAGCAACGAUAGCGAGACGUUAGGAUCACAACAUCCUCACCAAGAGUCAAUAGAAAUUAGAGCAGCGGAUCAAGAUCCAAAAACAUUAGGGUUGUUAUGGAUGACCCGCACCGACGACCUUCGGUAUUCCAUCGGGAAGCAAUCGUCGGGACGCACUACUAAACGCACCGUAUUGUCGGAAAUUGCACAAAUUUUCGAUCCUCUCGGAUUAAUAGGGUCGAUAGUGACGAAGGCGAAGUUGUUCAUGCAGUCUUUAUGGCAACUGAAAAUAAAUUGGGAUGAGACACUUCCUCAAGAUCUCCACACGCAGUGGUCAGCCUUUCGGGAGGAAUUGCAAACAAUUUCCUCAAUAUCAAUUUCGCGUCAUGUAAUCAGUCACGAUAGUGAUCGCAUCGAACUGCAUGCCUUCUCGGAUGCUUCAGAAAAGGCGUACGGGAGCUGCGUAUACCUGCGUACGGUAGACAAAGCCGGAGCCUCGACGGCCCGAUUGUUGUGCGCGAAGUCCCGAGUAGCGCCGCUCAGGUCAACAACCUUACCGCGAUUGGAACUUUGUGGGGCACUUCUUGCCUCCCAGUUAACAUCGAAGGCUAAAGGCGCACUACAAAUGUCCAUUACGGAUGAAUUUUAUUGGUCCGAUUCGACAAUUGUGCUAGCAUGGCUCAAGAGCCCUCCGAGUAAAUGGACCAAAUACGUAGCCAAUAGAGUCUCGGAGAUACAGCAGCUGACGGCGCGCGGUGUUUGGAAUCACGUAUCUUCGAACGACAAUCCCGCGGACAUAAUUUCGCGCGGCGCUAACACUAAGUCUUUGACAAAUUGCGAAUUAUGGUGGUUCGGUCCGUACUGGCUUGCACAGAAGGCCGUCAAUGGCCUUCGGUACAACCUUCCCCUCAAGAUAUACCUGAGAUUUCGACGCAAGGUUGGACAAGAAUCGUUAACGCAUCCAGCCUCACAAGCGAAUCCGUUGAAUCCGCGGUACCUAACCACACGCGAGUUAAUCGACGCCGAAAUAGCAUUAGUAAAACUCGCUCAAAGAGAUCAGUUCAACUUGGAAGUAGACGCGUUAAUUAAAAAACGGUCUCUGAACCCUCGAAGCGUGCUGAGGGCUUUGAGCCCAUUUUUAGAUAACGCCGGAGUAAUCAGGGUGGGCGGUCGCCUCGAUAACGCACCUAUCGCAUACGAGCACAAACACCCAAUGAUCCUACCCGCGAAGCACCCACUCACUAAGCUCAUAGUCGAGCACGAGCAUCGUAGAUUACUCCAUUCCGGUCACCAAUUAACCUUAGCAUCACUACGCGCACGAUUUUGGCCAAUAACGGGCAAACAGGUAGUAAAAAAAAAAUAUUACAUCAGUGCAUCAAGUGCUUUAGAGUUCGCCCAACAG